UAUUAUAUGGACAGAGAGAGUGGAUUUUGUCUUGGUUUGUCCUUUGAAAUUCUAUUGUUAAUCUAUUUGUGAAGAUAUUGAUGAGUGCCAACGUGGAACACAUACUUGCACAUCCAUUGCUGAUUGCAUUAAUCUUCCAGGAAUGUAUCGUUGCAAGUGUGCUACAGGCUUUGAAUUUAAUGAAUAUACAAUGUAAAAACAUUUGGAAAUUGCCUGCACCCAUGUUAAACUUUAAAAAACACUCUUCCCCAUUAAGGCGUUGCGAAGACAUUGACGAAUGCAUUAAAUUUUCUGGGCAUGCCUGCUCCUUACAAGCCGAUUGUGUUAAUUCUAUUGGCUCUUAUCAAUGUAUAUGCAAACCUGGAUUUAGUUUAGCUGCAGAUAAUAGAAGUUGUGAUGGGUAUCAAUUGGGAAUAGACGAAGCCACAUGUGAAGAUAUUGAUGAAUGCAAAAUUUGGGCCAAGUCGGGAAAUGAAUUAUGUAUGGGCAAAUGUAUAAAUACUCCAGGGUCGUUUCUUUGUACAUGUCCAGAAGGUUAUCAAGUCAUGUCUGAUGGAAUUACUUGUAAAGAUAUUGAUGAAUGCUCAGAAAACUCAAAUCUGUGUAAUAUUGACCAAAUUUGCAUUAAUUUAUUGGGCAGCUUUAAAUGUGAACGGAUUGAUGUCCACGUAAUUAUAUCCCUGACAAGACUUUUAAAAAGUAAAAUGCAUAGUUUUUAA